UGGAAAUAGCAGUCCCUUAUAUCUGCAAUAUUCCUGAGGCCUCCCUGGCAGAUAAGCUCAUAGGAAAGAGUGCAAUGGCCAGCAGCACACUGAGCUGUCACCAUUUCAUGUGGGCAUGAUCCUGCUCUAUUUGAUGUUUCCAGAAGAGCCUUAAGAGGUUUUUUAGUCUAUUUGGGUUUCGAGUACCUUUGAAUUUAAUCUCUCCUUCAGACUAUUUUUUCCUCCUAAUUCCAGGUGAAAAAAAUAAUGAGAAGGUAUAACAAGUGAAAAGAGUGUUGAUAGCUGCAGUUCUUGGUGUGGGCCCCAGACUAUAGGGUCAGCACCAACAUACAGAGCUUCUUCAGCAGACCCAGUUGUUCCUCCUCGCUUUCUGUGGACACACAGUGCAGACCAUUAAAGGUCUUUUUUGGAUCCACUGCCAGUGUCAGCAAAUCAAGGAUCUUGGCAAACACUGCUGAAACCCAGACUCACUGUGGUAAUGCUGCAAGGGCAGUAAGUGGCAGGGGGUGACAUGGGCCAGGAUGUGACAAGCACAAAAUGACACACGCAGCAUGCACAAGGCACUUGGGCUUCCCCAAGUAGCCUGUGCGUGUUUGUGUGUGCCACGCAGCUCCGGAUAGGAUGAUGGAUCUGGGAACCAUCCAGUGGGCUUAGUUGCAGAUCCCAGUGAAAACAAACACAACUUUGUAGACCAUAAACGAAAUGUACGUGAGAGAUUCUGCUCCUGGAAUAUAACCACAUACUGUGUUUGCUAGACUGGACCCAUGAGAACCAGUCUGAGGUAUCUGAGGCUCUGCAGGCUUUCAGCACCAGCCUGGGUCCAUCGGGGACUGAUGGCAGGCAGUAGAGGGAGGGCAGGCAGCGGGCAGGGCGGGCAGCGAGGGGCAGGCAGUCUCUGCCAGUCCCCGCCUGGCCGCUCGUGGGGCGCCGCGCGGGCCGGCGAAGAACCAAGCCAAACCCCGGGGCCGUCAGGGCACGGCGCUAUCCCGGGCCCCCAAGCUCCGGCGGCGGCCCGGCUGCCUCAGCCGCGAGCGGCGCCUCCUUUCGCUCCGCUGCCCUUCCUCCCCCGCCCCGCGUGUGUCACAGAGGGGCCGCGGGGCGGGCGCCCGGCGGGGCUCCCCGGGAUGGGCCGUGCCGCGCUGCGCCCCCCGGCCCGGCCCCGGCGGAGGGCGGGCGGGUGCGGGAGCGGUGCACCUGCCGGGCGGCUCGUCACGGCGGGGCUCGGCGGCGCUCGGCGGAGCCAUGCCGGGCGCCAGCACACGCGGGCGGGACGCACCGCGCACCUCUGCGCUAGGGCGGGACAGCCCCCGCGGAUACACAGGGCAGUGCAGCCACCUCCUCUCGCCGCAGUUCGGCUCGCUGCAGGUCCUUCAGGGCAAUGGCACCGAGGUGGGCACAGUGGUCACCUUCCAGUGCUCCGCUGAGCACCAGCUGGAGGGAGCGGCCAUCGUCACCUGCAUUUGGGAAGGGAACAGCACGCAGUGGACAGCUGGAGUGCCCUCCUGCAAGCCCAUAUCAAAAUACGAGACUUUUGGCUUUAAGGUUGCCGUGAUUGCCUCCAUUGUGAGCUGUGCUGUCAUUCUGCUGAUGUCCAUGGCUUUCUUAACUUGCUGUCUGAUCAAGUGUGCAAAGAAAAGUGAGAGGAGAAGAACUCAAAGAGAAAUGCAGUUGUGGUACCAGCUGAGGACUGAAGAACUAGAGCACAUGCAAGCUGCUUACUUUGGUUUUAAGGGAAGGAACAAUAACAACAACAAUAAGAAACUCAGGAAUACAUCUGUAUUUGGUGACACGACUAACAUGGCAUAUGAUAACCAAGGCUUCUACAGGUCCCAGGAAAAGUGGACUCGGGAUGUCAUCAUUCCUGGGUGUUGCAAAGACAGCAGUCACCUGCUGAAGGUAGCCAAGAACAGUGGUGCACCUGGGGCACACAUGGUACUGAGACAAAACCCUGCAUUGCAGACAGUGAACUCCAUACACGUUGUUGAAGUCUACAGUCAUAAGGAUAGUUGCAACAAACCAACCUCCCAGAUACCUGGAUAGUUGGUGUCUGAAAUGCAACUGCUUCUCUGGACCAAAAUGAAAUAUUGAUAGAAAUAUGUGCCUUCAAGACAACAUAGAAAGCUCAUUAUUCAUAUGAACUGUAAGUUUUCUAUAUUCCAAGAUGGUUAUUUAAGAGAAAUGCUUCCUCAAGGGCGGAUAAAAAUAAAGACACGAAUAUUGAGGCUGUCAGUCCAGAGCUGUUCCCUGCGGUGUGCUGUGCAGUGUGACCAUGGCAAAAGCAUAAAGCCCUUCUGCACAGCUAGAGAGGUGGUACCCAGUUUGCAUAUUUGCCUCAUAUGAAGUUGCUGAUAAUAACUACACACACCUCAGAUUCCAAUCUUCUCUGAAUCAGUGGGUUUUGCAAGAAUUUCAGAAAGAAAAGUCCCUCAUAUUUUUACAAAGUAGCAUGAUAGAACUGCAAAAAAAAAAAAUUGGUUUUACUUAAAUGCCCCAUUGUUUUGUAUCAGAAAGGUCUUUAAUGCAUCUGCUCUGUGUUUAGAGACCAUGUGAGACUGGGUGCAGCAGAGGCCCAUCUGCAGGUCUGCCAGCCUGUGGGAGAGGAGAUGGCACAUGGAGGGAUGUGGUGACGUGCUGUGGCACACCUUGGAGCUCCCACCAGUGACCUCCUGUAGCUUCUACUGGUGUCCCAGUGUGAGAGCAGUUGGUGCAGGUGGGGACAGCAGUGCAGCCUUCCUGGAGCAGCCAGAUCAGAAUCACUGCAGCAUCAUCCAUAUGAGACCUCUCUAAAUAAAGGUCUGAGAUAGCUUUUGAAAGCCUGCCUUCAUUUCCUUUUGUUAAUAUGUACAUCAUGUGAGGAAACAAGGUGGAGUCUUUUCUUGUUUUGUCCUUUUUGAAUAGUUAAGUAACACAUACUGUGCUUUUUCUCUGGUUAUAUGCAAAUAGAAGUAUAUACUACUUAUAGUUAUUUUUGUUCCAGUUGAAGACUUACUUAAUACUGUCAUCAGCUGUCUGUUUAAUGGGUAUAAUCACAAUCCUCUCAUGGGUAGAAACAUGACCUUAUAGCAGGCUGCAGUAAUUGUUUUAUGAUAUAUUCCUGUGGUAUGAAUCAGGUAGCGUCUCACAACCUGCAGUUCUGAAGCUUCAGUUUUGGAAUUCAAAUUACUGUUGCUUGCUGGCAAAUGCCCUCUUCUAUCCUAGCCAUACUCUGCAGAGAUAAAAAACACGUGCUUGAAAUUCAAUAAGAUGGAAGUUGCAGAAAAAGAGCUUUUUUCUUAUUUUUAAUAAGCUCAGUUCUACUGUAUGUUAUACCAAGGUGCAUCCUGCAACGCACUUCUCACUAUGCACUGCAAAAAGGAGAAUGGAUGUAAUUCCCAUCACUCCACCCCAUUAAGUUCUCAGUUCAUCCAAUUAGUACUAGCUAGUGUUUAUCACGAUAUAGUUGUGCUGUGAGCUAUUCUGCCUGCAGUUUUCAGUUGCCUGUCAGACCCAGACAGCUUCUCUACCCAGCAGUGUGGGCAGCAGGUCAAGGGAGAUGGUUCUGUCCUUCUGCUCUGUUCCGGUAGGAUCUUAUCCAAAGCUCUGUGUCCAGCUCUGGGGCUCCAGCACAGGAAGGACAUGGAGCUGUUGGAGAGAGUCCAGAGGAGGCCCUGGAGCUGCUCCAAGGGCUGGAGCCCCUCUGCUCUGGAGCCAGGCUGGGAAAGGUGGGAGUGCUCACCUGAAGAAGAGAAGGCUCCAGGGACACCUCAAAGCCUCUUCCAGGGUCUAAAGGGGCUCCACAAGAGCUGGAGAGGGACUGGGGACAAGGUGGAAUGGUUCCCCACUGCCAGAAGGUUAGAUGAGAUACAGGAAAAAAAUUCUUGUCUGCGAGGGUGGUGAGGGCCUGGCCCUUAGAAAAUGGAAAAGGGCAAAUUUAACUUUAAUAAGAGGAGAGAAGAGAACCUCAAAAGUACUGGAAUGGAAGGGUUUCUCUGAUCCCCUGAAGUGUAGAACAAAUGGUUAAACAAGUCCUUCACAAAGAAGACACAUAUCAGCCUAGGAUUAAAAAGAGUUAUAGGCGUGGGAGGGAGUUGUUCUGCCCUACUGGUAAUAUUGUGCUUAAGGUACACAUGUAAAGGGUGGCCAAGAUAUCCUUGAUCCUGCCUCUCUGUAGCUCUUUUGAAUUUCCUUCCUCUUCCCAUCUCUAUGAUUAUGCUCACAGAAUUCCAUUAUUUAGUUCCCUGGUGGUUUAAUUUUAUUAUGUGGCUUUAAAAUGCAAUAAUAUGACUGCAAGUGAAAUAAAUUUCCUGUUGGGAUGUUUGGGUCAACACUUUGUAUGAGCAGACAGCCUGGCUCCUGUUCUGCAUGAGAAGAAUCUGAGUAAUGUUGGAUGGGACCAACACCCAUGAGCUGCCAGUGAUGCUGGCAGCCAUGUGAAGCACCCCAGAAGGCAGGUAAAUUCACCAUCCCUGUGCCAGAGCUAAAUGACUAUCAUUUAUUUGGGCAGCUAAAGCAAGAGGCAGCAAAGUUACACCAAGAUAAGGAAGCAACACCCCAACUGCUUGUGAAAGAUUUGUGGCUUGGCUCCCUCUGGGACUGUGCUUAGUUCUGAUGGCUGCACCCCCUGGAGUUAGCUUUAUUGCUCGUGCUAACAUAAUUUAUUGUCAGAAGGGAAGUAAGUGCUGUGCAGGAAGGAGAUGAAAACAGCUGAGACUCUAAAAUAGAUAUCUAAAACCUUGUAACCCUUAAAUGUUUUCUGGCCAGUGAUUCCAGCUGGAUUCAAGCUCCUAUUUCUGCUACAGAACACUUGCACUUCCUUGUGCAUUUUGUAAAACUGAUGACUUGCACACUGCUCUCAGAAGUCUUUCCCACAGGACGUAUGCUGUAUCUAUGAGCUGGAGUCUGCAGUGGCCUCUAACCUGUUGCAGCACAGGCAGAUGGUUGGUUGCUGAAACCUUCCUGAAGUGUCCCCACGAGGAGAACGCUCCACCAAGCACACAGCAAAUACCACACUCACAUGCAGCAGGUGCUUGUGUGAGACAGCGGAGGCAGGAAGCGUCUUUGUUUAGGUUUCCAGUGGUAGCUUAUUUCACCUACACUCUGAAAGGGUCCAGGGACAAAGGGACAGGUAGAGGGUCCAGGACUAUAUACUGGUACAAAGGGGCAGAGCCAACAACAACAGCAACAACCAACCUGAAGGUGUGAGCAGGAAAAGGAUUACAGUGACCAAAAGGGAAACACAAGGGUAAACAGACAGGGGUACAGACCAACGAGGUACAAAGAAACUGCCAGAACCUUGACCAUAAAUGGUUAACAGGCAGUGAACAGCCAAUGGGCCAACAGGGAGCGUGGCACUGGGGUUGACUGACAGCAUGUCACAGCAGUCCAUGGGAGAGGUUGAAGGCCAGUGGACAUUAUUACAGGGCAUAGCUCUGGGAAGUCCCCUAGCAGGCCCACAGGCCUCCACAACUCCCCUUUCUUUUUUUAUAAAAAAAGGCCUCUCCUAUGGAUUUCUGUAAACUUUUAACUAAACAGGAAAACAUAAACAAGACUAUGACUACAACAACUAAAAUCCCCAAAAUCCCUUUUACAAAAGAUAAAGCCAUCCACCCAUCUGAGCAGACCGUCUCACCCCAGCAACUCUCUAUCAAGGAUGACCCAAGAACUCUAAGGGACCUACACUAACCCAUGCCCAGGUCUUUACUUCACCCAGGCUGCACACAAUCCUCUCAUUCGUUCCUGGCUGUGGGGGUCAGAUGAGGCCCAGAACUGGCACAGGGAUGACUUCCAUGUGAGGACAUAUACCUGAAGUGGCUUUGUUCCCUUCCCAUAGCUCUGCAGAAUGUCAGUUUGCCAUAUCUGUCAGCUGUUUAUUUACACACCUCUUUUAAGGGGAGGACACUCUAACAGCUUUAUUUGCUUCCUAUCUUCAAAGAAUUCAAUUGUUUGUUUUUUUAUUCUUUUCAUGGGUACAAUUUGAUUUGUGCUAUAGAUAAAGAGCCAAGUGCAGUAUUGAACAUGUUUGUGAAGCUGGUUGUUCAUUCUCCAGAAUCUGUGCAAUAUUUACCAGGACUAUUUGUGAUCAGUAUACAUGGACUUAUUCUACAUGCCCAUUAUUCCCUUGUGCCAGGAAUAAGAGAAAUACAACUUUUUUCAUUAUCUG